GCCAGUGCCGCGCGUCGAGCGGAGCAGAGGAGGCGAGGGCGGAGGGCCAGAGAGGCAGUUGGAAGAUGGCGGACGAGGCGGCGCUCGCCCUUCAGGCCGGCGGCUCCCCUUCCGCGGCGGCCGCCAUGGAGGCCGCGUCGCAGCCCGCUGAGGAGCCGCUCCGCAAGAGGCCGCGCAGAGACGGGCCCGGCCCGGGGAGCGGCCCCGGCGAGCCAAGCGCGGCGGCGGCGGGCUGCGAGGCGGCGAGCGCCGCGGCCCCGGCGGCGCCGUGGCGGGAGGCGGCCGUGGCGGCGGCGGCGGCGGCGGCCGAGGGCGCGGAGCCGGAGGCCCCGGUGGCGGCGGCCGCGGCCGGGCGCGGAGACAAUGGGCCGGGCCCGCGACGGGAGCCGAGGGCGGCGGACGACUUCGACGACAACGAGGGCGACGAGGACGACGAGGCGGCGGCGGCGGCGGCGAUCGGCUACCGAGACAGCCUCCUGUUUGCAGAUGAAAUCAUCACUAAUGGCUUUCAUUCCUGUGAGAGUGAUGAAGAUGAUAGAACGUCACAUGCGAGCUCUAGUGACUGGACGCCACGGCCGCGGAUAGGUCCAUAUACUUUUGUUCAGCAACAUCUCAUGAUUGGCACUGAUCCUCGAACAAUUCUUAAAGAUUUACUACCAGAAACAAUUCCUCCACCUGAGUUGGAUGAUAUGACACUGUGGCAGAUUGUUGUUAAUAUACUUUCAGAACCACCAAAACGGAAAAAGAGAAAAGAUAUUAAUACAAUUGAAGAUGCUGUGAAGCUACUACAAGAAUGCAAAAAGAUAAUAGUUCUAACUGGAGCUGGGGUUUCUGUCUCCUGUGGGAUACCUGAUUUCAGAUCAAGAGAUGGUAUUUAUGCUCGUCUUGCAGUGGACUUCCCAGAUCUCCCAGAUCCUCAAGCCAUGUUUGAUAUUGAGUAUUUCAGAAAAGACCCAAGACCAUUCUUCAAGUUUGCAAAGGAAAUAUAUCCCGGACAGUUCCAGCCAUCUCUGUGUCACAGAUUCAUAGCUUUGUCAGAUAAGGAAGGAAAACUACUUCGAAACUAUACUCAAAAUAUAGAUACUUUGGAGCAGGUUGCAGGAAUCCAAAGGAUCAUUCAGUGUCAUGGUUCAUUUGCAACAGCAUCUUGCUUGAUUUGUAAAUACAAAGUUGAUUGUGAAGCUGUUCGCGGAGAUAUUUUUAAUCAGGUGGUUCCUCGGUGUCCAAGGUGCCCAGCUGAUGAGCCACUUGCUAUCAUGAAGCCAGAGAUUGUUUUCUUCGGUGAAAAUUUACCAGAGCAGUUUCAUAGAGCCAUGAAGUAUGACAAAGAUGAAGUUGACCUCCUCAUUGUUAUUGGGUCUUCUCUGAAAGUAAGACCAGUAGCACUGAUUCCAAGUUCCAUACCCCAUGAAGUGCCUCAAAUAUUAAUAAAUAGGGAACCUUUGCCUCAUCUGCAUUUUGAUGUAGAGCUUCUUGGAGACUGCGAUGUUAUAAUAAAUGAGUUGUGUCAUAGGUUAGGUGGCGAAUAUGCCAAACUUUGUUGUAACCCUGUAAAGCUUUUAGAAAUUACCGAAAAACCUCCACGAACACAAAAGGAAUUGGUUCAUUUAUCAGAAUUGCCACCAACACCUCUUCAUAUUUCGGAAGACUCAAGUUCACCUGGAAGAACUGUACCACAAGAUUCUUCUGUGACUGCUACACUUGUAGACAAAGCAACAAAGAACAAAGCUGAUGAUUUAGAAGUAUCUGAAGCAAAAGGCUGCAUGGAAGAAAAAUCACAAGAAGUACAGACUUGUAAGAAUGUUGAGAGCAUUAAUGUGGAAAGUCCAGAUUUCAAGGCUGUUGGUUCUAGUACAGGAGACAAAAAUGAAAGAACUUCAGUUGCAGAAACAGUAAGAAAAUGCUGGCCCAACAGACUUGCAAAGGAGCAGAUUAGUAAGCGGCUCGAUGGUAACCAGUACCUGUUUGUACCACCAAAUCGUUACAUAUUCCAUGGGGCUGAGGUGUAUUCAGACUCUGAAGAUGACGUCUUGUCCUCUAGUUCCUGUGGCAGUAACAGUGACAGUGGCACAUGCCAGAGUCCAAGUUUAGAAGAACCCAUGGAAGAUGAAAGUGAAAUUGAAGAGUUCUACAAUGGCUUGGAAGAUGAUACGGAUAGACCUGAAGGUGCUGGAGUAUCAGGAUUUGGAGCUGAUGGAGGGGCUCAAGUAGUAGUUAAUGAAACUAUAGCCACGAGGCAGGAAGUAACAGAUGUAAACUACCCAUCAGAUAAAUCAUAACGCUUUUGCAGUUGUCCAGGUACAGGAAUUGCUCCACCAGCAUUGGGAACUUCAGCAUGUCAAAAAUGAAUGUUUACUUGUGAACUUGAACAAGGAAAUCAGAUGUAAUAUUUAUAGACUGGAAAAUAGGUUGUCUUCUCUUGGGUGAUUUUUAAAGUUCCAUCAUUUCUGUACUUGUACAUCCAACACUAACAUUUUUAAAGGUACUAGGUAUCUUUAAUCAGCUGUUAGUUAAAUUUGUUUUCCUUUAAAGGUUCAUUUGUAUGAUAUAACCAUAUGUAUAUAUAAUUUUGUUUUUGCCUAGUGAGUGUCAACAUUUUUUCAAAAAGCCAUUGGAAUGUUAAUGUAAAGGGAACAGCUUAUCUAGACCAAAGAAUGGUAUUUCACACUUUUGUUUGUAACAUUGAAUACUUUGAAAUCCUGAAUUUCUGUUCUGCUGAACUUUUAUUUUUAGCAGUUACCUUUUUAAACACUGGCAUUUUCCAAAACUUGUGGCAGCUAACUUAGAAAAUCAGAUGACUUGUGAGAAAGAAGUCAGCAUGUGUGGGGGGCACUCACAAUUUGGUGCAGAAUUUGAAGUGUAUUUAUUAGUUAAGAUGGUUUUUGUACUUGCUGCAGACAUGUGGUAAUGUCCAAACAGGCCCCUAAGAUUAACCUGAUAAAUGAUUUGGAAAUGUUUCAGUUGCUCUAGAAACAAUAGUGCCUGUCUAUAGGUCCCCUUAGUUUGAAUAUUUGCCAUUGUUUAAUUAAAUACCUAUCACUGUGGUAGAGCCUGCAUAGAUCUUCACCACAAGUAUUAAACUGCCAAGAUGUGAAUAUGCAAAGCCUUUCUUUCUGAAUCUAAUAAUGGUACUGGGGAGAGUGUAAUAUUUUGGACUGCUGUUUUUCCAUUGAUGAAGAAAGCAAUAUGCCUCUUAAUUAAAAGUUCCAAAGUCAUAAGAUAAACUAUAACUCAACCAGAAAGUACAUUGUUCCUGUUGAGAGGAUUUGGUGUAAUGUAUCCCAAAGUGUUAGCCUGUAUUAUGGAGAUGAAUACAAAUCCAAUAGUUAAUGAAACUAGUCCUUAUUUAUUUAAAAGCUUAGCUUGCCUUAAAACUAGAGAUCCAUUUUUUCUGAACUGCAGAAGCUUUUAGCCUUUCAAACAGUUCACACCUCAAAAAAAAAAAAAAGUAUUUAUUUUACAGGUUUCUUUGGACCAUUACCCCCAAAUUUAUUCAUGUGCUGGUUGGUUUAGUAUUUAUUUUUUAAAAAAGGGUUUGAAAUAUAGCUGUUCUUAUGCAGAAAAUACCCAGUUAGGACUGUUACUGCCAGAGGAGAAAACAAUUAAGUGGCUCAUUUCCCUACCUAAAGAUCUCUCAAUCUGAAUUUAUUUGGCUAAAGAAUGCAGUAUAUUUAGUUUUUCAUUUGCAUGAUGUGUUUGUGCUAUAGACAAUAUUUUAAAUUGAGAAAUUUGUUUUAAAUUAUUUUUACAGUGAAGACUGUUUCCAGCUCUUUUUAUAUUGUACAUAGACUUUUAUGUAAUCUGGCAUAUGUUUUGUAGACUGUUUAAUGACUGGAUUAUCUUCCUCCAACUUUUGAAAUACAAAAGCAGUGUUUUAUACUUGUA